GCGGCGGCAGGGGUUGGGAGCGUGCGGGCGCGCGUGCUGCCACCACCGGGGUGGUCCCCGCGGUUGCUAUGGAGCGCGGGGGAGAGGGGGGCGCGUGACCGCGGCCCCUCCCUUCUCCUUCUGGCCUCGCCCAACGGAUAAUCUUUUCUUCCUGGGUCGUGACAGAUCAUUACCUGUUUGUGUUCAAUGGGACGACGAAUUCACUUUGUUGUUGACCCUCAGGGUUGGUGCUGCAUGGGCUUGAUUAUCUUUGUCUGGCUGUACAACACUAUUUUCAUUCCAAAAGUCAUCCUUUUUCCUCACUAUGAAGAAGGACAUAUUUCAGCCGUGGCGAUUUUGUGUUAUUACUUCUGCUCAUUGUUUUGUAUAGCUUCAUUACUAAGAGCCUCAGUAGCUGAUCCAGGAAAGCUACCUGAAAACCCAAAGAUACCAAUUACAGAACGAGAAUAUUGGGAAUUAUGUAACAAAUGCAAUAUGAUGAGACCAAAGCGUUCACACCAUUGUAGUCGUUGUGGACAUUGCGUGAGGAGGAUGGAUCACCACUGUCCAUGGAUUAAUAAUUGUGUUGGUGAAGACAAUCAUUGGCUGUUUUUACAGCUGUGUUUCUACACUCAGAUCCUUAGUUCCUAUACACUGAUACUUGAUUUCUGCCAUUAUUACUACUUUUUGCCUCUGAAAAAAGAAAACUGGGAUGUUUUUGUAUUUAGGCAUGAACUUGCUCUCCUAAGAAUAUCUGCCUUCAUGGGUCUAAUAAUAUUAGGUGGAAUAAGUGGACUCUUUUACACUCAGCUAAUGGGUAUUUUCACUGACACUACAAGUAUAGAAAAAAUGUCAAACUGUUGUGAAGACAUAUCGAGGCCCCGAAAGCCAUGGCAGCAGACCUUCUCAGAAGUUUUUGGCACUCGCUGGAAGAUCCUGUGGUUUAUUCCUUUCAGGCAGAGGCAACCACUGCGAGUUCCCUACCACUUUGCCAAUCACGUCUGAACAGAUGGAUGGUGGGCACAGAUGGGUCCUCCAUGCUGGAAGUGCGUUACAGGUUUUAUGAUAAUAGGACUAUGACAGUCUUCAAGUCAAUUAAAAUCCACCCACCAAUCGUAAGCAUCACAAUGUGCCCCAGGCUUUAUUUUAAUAGUGGUCUUGAUUCAGUUCUGAGAUUAAUACAAGUUGUAUGUUUAACUUUAGGCAUAUUUACUUUCAAAUUGGCUUUCCAAGGGGAUGUCUUUUGUCUUUGAGGUUAAUAGCAAAACCAACUGACUCGAAUGCAGUCUUCCUCUAUUUGUUUGAUACUGGCUCUUUUGAUUUUGAUUUGGUAGGCAACACUGAAGUUUACAUUGAUUGUAAGCUUUCCCACUAAGUGUCUUAUUCUGCCUUGAAUUUUUUUAGUCUUUUCAGUAGGUCUGUGUAGAUUAUACUCAUGUCUUUUUUCUGCUACAUGUGUUUAAAAUUUCCCGAUACUGCCAUUUAUUUAUGAUAUGCAGUAGUAAUCCUGCAGCACCACACUAUAAAAGGCAACAUUUAAAACAGAAGCAGACUUCUUCCUAAACGUUUCUCAGAGAGGUUUUUAUAAAUACACGUAAAUUUGUGUGUUUAUAUAGAGAUACCUUACAUGUUACAGUUAUUGUUCUGCAUAGAUAUGAUCUUACUAAAAAAUAUUCAUGUCUUUAUGUCAACAGAAGUGAUAAAAUGUUCCAGGGUAAAAUAUGCAGACAGAAAGCAUGUUUUCCCUAUAUCCCAAGGAUUUCUUUGCAAUAAUUCAACAAAGAAGUUGUAUGGUGCAAAUACUAGAAUGAUGACUUUUUAAAAAUAAAGAUUUAAUUAGUUAGCGUAAUGUACCAUAAAGAAGAGUGUAUUAUCAAUAAAGUUAUAAAUUUUAUAUUUACUUUUGUUUAGUCAUGAUUAGUUGGAGUUGGUCUACAUGUUUAUAUAUGGGAAAUAUAUGUGAAAAUAUUUUAAAAUAUUUAUACAUAAAUACAGAUAUUUGCCAUUGGCAUGUAAAGUAUACUAACUGAUUUAAUAGGGUACUAUGCUGAUGAAUGAUAGCUUGUUGUGGGCCCUUUAAGUAUGGAAGUAGUUAACCAAAGAAAGCAUCCUUAAGGUUACAUCUGAUAAAAUGACGAUGAUUCCAAAAGUACUGGCUCAGCUUUGCUGUAUCUGGAAAAAUUUUGUCAUUUAUUAUAGCCCUCUGUAGCUAUACAAAUAGCAGCAUGAGAUGUUUGUGAUUUUUGAAAGUUCUCUGCAUUUCUAUGAGAAAUUCACAGCUUCAGUGUUUUCAGUUACACUGCUUACUGUGUUUGUUUUCUAGUCUACCAGGAUUAGGAUCCACCUUAAAUGACAGCCAUGCAACAGGAUAAUAAAAGGCACAAAAUCAGGAUGUAAUAUAAGUAGGUUGUGUUUGGAGAGAGUAAUAGUUUGUUUGUGAACAGUUCAUUCAAAAAGAAGGGCUAGAUUUGUCAUGAGUGGUAUUCAUAAUGAAUUUUUAGAUCAGCUCUUCUAAAAUCUUUAUGCAGUCACUGCCAAUGGGUGUCCCUUUAUUGAAUUAACAGAUUUUGAUGAUCCAUUGAGAGUUCCAAAAGGUGCAUCUUAAAAAUCACUUGAAUUUUAAACUUUUCUAAACUUCUAACAUUUGAAUUAAUUUUAAUUUCCCUCUCCUUUUAAAAAUAGAUGCAAUAUUUUCUUCAUUUAAAUUUCAAGCCUAAUAUUAAACCAUUUUUUCCUGGCAUUUUUAGACAUGAGUUUAGACUUUCUUUAAGAUGGUAUUUGCAGCAAUAUUUAAACAAUUGAAAGCUUGAGGAAAGUGGAUGGAAAGGCUGGAGCAGUGCUUGAAAUUAAAAAGAAUAUGCAUAUAUGUUACAAAGUAAUGGCUGUAUCUCUCUUUUUUUAAGGAAUUCCACUAUUAUAGUCUCUCUGGAACACACAGGGAACUAAUAACAGUUUUGGUUUCUGUGCCAAUAUUUAAAUGUUUCAAGAGCAAACCAGUAGUUUUUUAAAAGUUUUUCAUGCUAAUCAGUUAUCAUAGUUAGCAGAUUAUACAGUUCUUAAGUUUAUUAAGGAAGAGGAUCAAGAAUUUUACUAUUCUUGAUACAUUCGCCGUGAAGGCAUAUAAUUCUUCUUUCUGUUUUCUAGUGUCGUUACAGUUAAUUUAACCAUGGACAACCAAGUCUGUAAUACAGAAUCUGCGCAACGGUAGGAACCUUAGUUAUAAACAGUGUAUGUAGGUUUCGUACAUGAUAUACAGUGAAGUAAUGGGACCGUUAAAUUUUGCCUGCUUUAAGCGGAUAAAAAUGCGCAGGCAGCCCAAAUGUCGUAUUGUGUUCUGUACUCCAGUAUUCUCAAACAAAAGAAGGUACCGAACGUAAGAAACCAACGCUGACGCGGCACAGAUUGGGAUUAAACGUGCGCUGAAUGUACUACAGACCGUAGACACAACCGCCCACGACGUACCGCUGAUGCGGGUGGGAGGUGCCCUGCGGGACGCACGCCGUUUUGGGAGAGUGGGCGGUGGCGCGUCCUCCCUCGCUCUCCACGCGCCCUCUGUCGGCUGUCUUGCGCAACGACAGCGGGCGCUUGGCCCGGAGCGGGGGCGGUGCCCGGCUGCCAGCGUCGUUGUGACGCAGUGGGUAUGGGGAAGAAGACUCGCGUGGUUUGGGCAGGCGUCAGUGCCACGGGUGAGGCUUCGUUCUCGGUAGUAAAGAAGGUGUUGGGUGAGCAGACCCUGCGGCGGGCCUGCUGCGGGUGAGAGCGCAGCGUGCCAGGUUUAUCCGGGAAACCAUCAGGCCCUUUCGACUUCCCUUUCAAACAACCAAUUAGAAAUUAAAAAUUUAAAAUCUGUAAAUUCCAAAGUGCUUACUUAAAUGACCAAAAGAAGAACCUUGAGGCUGAAGUAUCAAGCAUACAUUUAAGUAAAUGAUGUGCAUGGAAAUCUUGCCAGAUUCUCACAUGAAAAUGGUAAUUUCACAGAUUCACAAUUUCUCAAAUGUUUUUCUAUUGUUGGAUUUUCUUUUUUUUUUUUUUUUUUUUGGUAAAUAUGUUUUUAAUCAGCCUCCCAUUCAUCCUUAACAUUAGGAAUCAAUAUGUAAUACGAUCAAGGCACCUAUUUUAGUUCUUACCCCAUUUCUGAGUAUGUGGAGGAGAGAAGGGAGAAUUCAGAGAGGCUUCAUUUUUGGGAGGCACCGAGGUUUAUUCUUUGAAUGACAGGCCUCUGAAAGUGUAAGAGUAAUCAAAAUAUUUUUCAGAAUUCUAGCCAAUGACCCUAUCAUGUUAUUAGUUUAUCAGAGUAAUGUUUUUGACACUGAUUGUGAGAGUUGCUCCAGCAGAAAAAGACGAGGUAGACUUUUAUGAUCUGAUUUGAAAUCCUUUAAACCUUGAAAUCCUUGAAAUCCUUUGAAUCUUUAACUUGAAAUUCCGCUUCUUUCCCUCCAGCUCUUGUUCAUGCUUUUUUAUUUCAGUAGAAACUGCAUUCUUAAGACUAAUUAGUGCUUGUCAUUGUUACUAAUUUAAAAAAUCUUAUAGACAGUAUUAAUGAAUUUGAUCCUAAUAGAACAUCAGGACUACAUGUGCUUUACUGAGCACAGUGGAUAUUAGCUAUGAACUUAACAAUAUUUGAUUUCCUGAGAGGUACAAAGAAAAGUCAAAGCACUAAUGAAAAACAACCUGAAAAUAUUUGAAAAUAACUGGUUUACUUGCAGUAUGGGGUAGCUCCUGGUAGAACUGAACAAUGCUGCUUUGCUAUCAUAGUAUCAGAGAUUUGAGAUCUCAUUUGAAAAAUCUUGAUGUCUAAAAGAUUCUGCAUUAAAUAAUGCUUACCAUUAUUUACCUGAAGGACAGGUUCCGUCAAACAGCUGGUAGAGUAGUUGAGAUACGCAAUCAUUUUCAGUCUUGAGGAGGAUUCACAAGUAAGAAACUAAGAACUGAGUGGUAGGAUAGAUUUUGGACUGGGCAGCUUCCUAGUUCUGAAUCUAAAGUGGGCUAAUGGGAAGGGAAGAUUCAUAAAAGCACAGAGAAAAUGGAGAUGGGGCAAAAAGAAUUGUUGUGAUUCGCUACUAAAGUUUACCAAAUGAAGUGAGAUUGCAAAGAGCAGGAGUUACGCAGUUAAAUACACAUGCCGUCGUUAUAUGAUGUCUUUCAGUGUUCAUCUUAUAGUUGUCUAAUUUUAUUCAGUAAAUGAUACUUUGAGGAAAUUAUGAAUUCAUGUCAGGCCACUGUAUGCCAGGAUAAGAAUUGUAGGUGGCAAAGACAGGAUUUCUGCAGUAAUGUGAAAACGAAUCUUUUUCAAGUCAACUUUGCAUUCAGAUGAAACAUAGGAUAAUAAGAUGAGUUUUCUGGUAACCUGGACUUGUUAGUUAACAUAGACCACUUUUUUUGUAAUGCAUUAUUUACUGUAUUUGGCCAGCCUUCCUGCCAGCAGUACAUCACUUAUAGCAGAAUGUUUCUGUCCAUGUAUUUGGGGAUGCUGUCACUUAGAUAUAUUAUUUAGCUUGGCUAUCUCCACCCUUUCUUUGUCUUCACCACACACUCAAUUUUGCUGCAGCUCACAAAUAAGAAGCCAGUGUCGCUUUGUUGGAACAACCCUAUCACAAAGACAAAUACUAUUCACUGGCUUUUCUCAAUAUCCCAACUGGAAAUGUCAUUGCCUUCCUUAAAAAUGUUUUCUUUGUAUGGUGUAUUUUCUUGAUCUUCCUGGAUGAAAAUUGAUGCUUAUUCUACCUAUAUUUCCAUCAAUAAUACUGUAUUAGCACUUCUAAACUAUUCCUAAAAUAAAAACUAAGAGUACUUUCUGAAGAAUAAGAGUUGCAUAAAACAAUGUGGAUCUUAAUUAGUACCACCUAGUCCUUCUCAUUCCAUCCUGUACUUCUACAGUUGUGUUAUGUGUGCGAGCAUAAUAAAUUGAUUUUUUUUAGCAUUGUGUGUAAGAAAUACACUUUUAUUCAUAGUCUUGUAACAGAUUGAAAGUUAACUGUCAGAAGACAAAGGUACUGUUCUGGUUUUUGCACUUUGAGAAAUUACUAGCUCCUGUGAAAGGAUUGUUCUUUUCUGCCCUCGGUAUGAAUUGCUGUUAGUGAUACCUCAUAGCCACUUUGUAGCUCUCUGUUAGCUCUUAACUGGGUUGAAUGAGUAGUGGGGACAUGGUGUGCUUUUUGAAGUCCUGGUAGGCCUCAACUUAUUAUCUUCCCACUGCAUUGGGUUAGUGGUCAGGUAAGAAGAGGCAGAGGCUCAUUUUAUCACCCUUUGAGAUUAUCCCUUGAUGGCCCUGAGAUUUUGUGGUGUGCUAACUAGUGUGAAUCCUUGAAGGACUCUUGAAACGAGGUCUCAGAUCUCUAGAAGCUUACUUUGCACUUUGUUUUAAGCAGUUUUAACUUGCUUCAGUUUGGCUAACUUCAUUUUUCUGCUGAGUAGUUGAUUCUUGGUGUUAAUGACAUGAUGAAAUUUUGUAUUUGAAAAAAGAGGGAGUUAGAUUUAAAAAUAACCUCAGCUGGUGACUCAGAGGUUGAAGCUGCAGGUAGUGCCUCCCAUGAAAUCAGGAUGAUAAUGACUUCUCAGUCAGCUGUGGAUCUUUUUUCCAAAGUGUUUGCUGUUUGACACGCAGUAUUUCAGUAAUAUGUCUACAUAGUAGGAAGGGUCAAUACAGAGUGCAGAUGAGAAUGUUCUCCGGAAGCAUUUCCUUGACCUAGGAAGAAAUUCUGCUUGUGAGCAAUUACUAUUGUGAUUUAUGUACGAGAUCAGACCUUUCUUGGCUGUACAUGAGGCUUAUUUACCCAGAGAAAAUCACUUAUGUUGUCAUGAAUUCUCUACCAUAGCAAAGUUACUACCUUGAAUGAGUUACGUUCAUUCCUCUGCUCACUUUCAACUUGGAUGGCUCAUUUCCUGUCUUCUCACUGAGCACACAGAAACAUAGAAUAGUCCUACCUGCAGUCGUGUUCAUAUCAUCUCAACCAGAAUAGACACCGUGAUAGAGUAGCCUGGGAAAGUGUUGAGAUAUGGAGCAUUGGUUUCAUUUAAAAAAAAAAAAAAGUAUAUAUUUUUGAUAUGCAGAUUCUCUGGUUCCAUUUGGGUUUGGGUUGAGAGCAAGCAGGCGAUUGCUUAAGAGAUUUGAAAUCUCAUGGAUUCUAUACACUGAAAUACACAAAAAGAAGUUGUCACAUCUCUUUGUGGGUUUUGAACAAGUGCUGCCUUUUUUUUUUUUCCUGUAAUAAAGCUCAGCUAGAGCUUUUUGUAAUCUUAAGCAUUAUUUUGUAUAUAAUUCAAGUUUUUUUUACCUUGUUGCCCGAGUCAGUUUCUCCUGACCUAAGCCAGUACAUGCAAUGUUCUAGUGCUGCCACAGGUACAUUUAGCAGCUGGAGAUCCAUGGCUUUUCUGCCAAAAAUAAUGUUUUUAAAAUACUCCAUUUGCGAGAUUUGAAUUGCCACAUACUUGAAAUUUUAAGAAUAAAUCUACUCUCCUAUGGAUCAGUCUUUAUUAACAAACGUAAUCGUUCUCAAAUGUAUGUUCAGAGCUUUUCUUCAGAUAUUCCUGAUUAUUUUUACUCAUUACUUUAUAAACAUAUGGUUAAUAAAACACCAGGUGGGGUGUCAUGACAAAUCACAUUGUCAUUCACGUUCAGGCUAAUUCAGGAUUCACAUUCACAUUAUGGUGUUCAGGAUAAAAGAACUAAUGAUAUUGGUAUGGCAAUUGAGAUAUAGAUGCAAUCUUUUGCUUUACAGUCAUUAAGAAAUUACAUAUGUAAAAUACAAUACUAUAAAUAUUUUUCUACAAAUUAUUAAAAAUCUUCGAUUAAUAACUGUACUUAUUUGAAAAUACACAGGCAUUAUAAAGUAUGAUUUCAGUGCUGUUUAAAGUCAUUUAAAACAGAUGUAACGUGCCAAUUUCCUGCUUGGUAUGCUGUUUUUAUCAAAAUAUAAUUACCAUUGUUACUACUACAUGGUGUGUCAGGCACCUCAUUUUCAUGUUGACAAUUUUAUAAAUGUGGUUUUUAAGGUUAAUAGUUUUAAUAGUUAAGAGUGCAGAAAAUAUUCUGGGACUUGCCUCCUGCAUUAGCAAAGAUAAAUUUAAUUAUUUCUCUUACACAAAUAUGUUGAAUCUAAUUCUAAAUUAGUCAAAAUAUUCAGACUUCGAAACUGUCUAAGUGAUGGUGAGUGAUGCUAGGGAUUGCUUUUGGGAAGAACUGGUACUUCUAAAUACAGUGUCUGUACUUAUGCAACAUACUGCAUGACUGAAUAUUUCAGAAAGCGUUGUACUUCAAAAGAUUUUUGUACAACUUUCUCACUGGCUGAGCAUUUGAAAUUCAAGAUUCUUUGCAGCACUUGUAUCUGUGAGCUGUGUUAGGCCUAGGACUUCAGUUCUGCUGAAAUUGCUCAAUGGCAUCUUGCGUCUUGCCAAACUGCGGCCAAGGGAUUAAAGUCAGUUGCUGCAACAAGGGCCAUCUGAGUGUCGCCUGUAUAACUGUAGGAAUAAUUCAGAUUUACAGUAGAACAUGUGCUUUUCGAAUUAGAAAAUAUGAAACUUAAAUUGUAAUUUAUGUAUGUUUCUGGAUGAAUAAGUAUUUCUGUGCACAUUCCCAAGGCUGAUAUACAGUAGAUCACAGUGCAGUUUAUAGAUAGAAAAUUAUCACUCUGUCUCCUUAACAGCUUCAAUCUAAGUGCCAGUUAGCAAAAUAAUACUUAUUUUUGUAAAUUAGUAUUCUGAAUUUUGUAGCUCACACAUGGGCAUGUGAUUGAGCUUUACUAAUUUGUUCUUUGUUUGAUCUUGACUGUUUCCAGACAAUGCUGAAUAAUGUUUGUACUGGACUUGUUGAAAAUUAUGAGGUCUGACACUGGUUAUGCCUGAAUAGAUAAUGUAUGAGGUGAAUGGAUGAGUAAUAUCAAAACAGGGAAACUUACUCUGGUAUUCUUCUAAUCAAAUCUAAAAGUGCAAGAGUAUGUCCAGCUGAGGGACAAUGUAUUGUCUUUUAUGUCUCUUUAUUUUAUUCAUGUAAUAUUUCUGUUUUUUCUGUUUGGAUUGAUUUAAUUUAUAGAUUACUUUUUUCAUUCCUAUCAAGAUUUCUU